AUGCCAGCGACUCAGGUGCAGACACUACCAACCCACCUCUCAACUGCUAACAACAUUCAGCUGCUCGUCUACAUUCAAUUGAACUCAUUCUCCCUCAUCUUCAGUCUCACAACGAUUGACAGUUUUAACUCCUCCACCUGUAACUCUUCCAACUUCAACUGCACCUCUGGAAUCCCUGAAUCCACCGACUGGCACCAUGAUCACUGUGAUCAGCUGUUGGCAUCUGUACUAAUACAAAUUGAGUAUGAAACUGUUCUUGAGCCUGGCGUGUCAGAUAUGCUGAGCCUGCUAAUAUGCGUGCCGCUAUUGGUCUAUGCAAUACUCUUCAGCUGGGACUUGGGCAACAGUCCCUGCAAGCUCUUUGUCUUCGUUGCCUACUGCUGUACAUUCUCCAGCCUGCUGACCAUCCUGUUGAUGAGUGUCCAGCGCUACUACCAAGUUCUGCACCCCAGUGUUGGGUCAGUUGUGUUACUGACCUAUGCUAACAGUUGCCUGAAUCCAUUUCUCUAUGCCUUCGCUUCCCGUAACUUCUGCCAGAAGAAUGGCCAGUUAGAAGACACCGCGAUGCAGCUUCAAAUGGGUCCUGUCCACAACGGGCACAGCAGGUCACAGCUACAACGGCCUGAGAUGGACCCACAGGAGGGAGGCCGGGGAGGGUCGUACUCCACCGCCCCUCCUGUUACUGCUCCUCUCCAGCCCGUGCUGUGCUCCGUACCUGGAGAUCUGUCUCAGGAGUGGCACUACCUGAGAACACAGGUGUUCCCCCACCUGGAUGCCCUCUGCCAGGCCAGAGGCACCUGCUUCAGACCAUUGGACACCCAGUGGGUUGACUGGGAGAGCUAUCGUCCCUCUGACCUCCCUGACAAUGGUACCUCCCUCUCCUCCCAGCAGUUGAAGAUCAGCCUAGACCUUAUCACCCGCUCCUCCUCCUUCCUCUGCCUCCUGGGCCACCGAUACGGCCCCUUCAUGCUGCAGCAGGACCCCACACCUCUCCCAGCUGCUGGUCCAGAACGAGAAGCCCUCUCUGUGGUGGAGAGGAACCUGCAUGUUGCAGCAGAUGGAGGCUACCCCUGGGUCCUCACAGGGAGGAACCAGAAGUGCUCCCUGACAGAGCUGCAGAUCACCCAGGCAGCCCUGAUGGGUGACACCAGACACUGCUUCUUCUACUUCAGAGACUACUCUUUCCAUGGGGAAGAGGAGGAUGAAGACAGGUACACAGAUGAAGGUCAGAGGUCGUUGCUGAGCGUGUUCUCCAAACUGACAGCGGAGGAGAGACACAGAGCCAGGGAGCUGAAGAACAGGGUAGUGGACAGCCUGCAACCUGUAAGGUUCUUCAGAACGCUGCAGGAUCUGGGGCACCUAGUGAAGAGGGACUGGAAGUGCCUCAUAGAACAGCUCUAUGGGUCCCUGGACCUGAAGCCAACCUGCCUCCUGGACUCCCUUGAUAGAUGUUAUCAUGAAGGUGCUGUCCAGGCUCUGUGUCGCUGGUUUGCCCCCUCCACCCAGACCACUGCUGUCACGGAGGCACUCAACACAUUUACUGCCUCUCUCACUCAUUCUGACACGUCUCAGAGUCUAGCAACCUCAAGGAAUUCAACCAUUAAGUUAACAGGCGACUAUGACAAACGUGAUUCCGAGGGGUCUAUUUUCCUGCUCUGUGGUGAAAGGGGUUGUGGGAAGUCUUCACUGGCCGCCCGGUGGCUUCAGGAGUUCCGGAAGAAGAAUCCUAGAAUUCCGGCCAUCCCUCACUUCUGUGGAAUCAGCAGCUCCAGUGUGGAUAUCAGAUCUGUACUGAGACACAUCACCACUGAGCUACGCCUGGCCCAUUAUGGGCCCCAGGCUGAGUGGAGUGAGGGGUUGCAGCACCAUGUAAAGCCAGAUCAUGUUGUGGUUCAGGCCUUCUCUGCUGCGGCUGCUCUGGGACCCUGUGUUCUAGUUCUGGACGGACUAGACAGACUUACCGGGACCCUCGGGCUCUCAAUGCAGGAGGUGAAGGACCUAUGCUGGCUCCCUGACCCUCUGCCUCCCCAGUGUAAGAUCGUCAUCACAGCGACCUCCACAGACAUCACCUACCAGAGGUUGACCCUCCGCCCAGACGUUCACACCCUCCCCUGGCCCGGCCUGUCAGACCCCUGGGUCCGCCGCAGCGUCCUGCUCCAACACCUUACCCUGCCCUGCCAGGAGCCGCACAGGACCCUACUGCAAUUGAUCUUGGGAACCAAUACCAGGCCGGGAAUGGGCCGCCUGCCGCUGUUCCUGGCGGUGGUGGCUAGCGAGCUGCAGACGUGCCGCAUCCUGAGGGGAAAGGAGGAGGAGGAGGAGUUGAUAGAGGAGUAUGUGGAAGUGGAUUCUAUGGCGGAGCUGUGGGCCAGGGUGAUUCAGCGCUGGAUCAAUGACUAUGGCGGGGUCAGUGAGGGUACGGCCAGUCAAGCCAAAGGAACGGGAGGGCCUAGCUCUCAGGUGUCCAAGAUAGAUCUCAGAGGCUGGGUAUGGGACACUCUAUGCCUGGUUCACCUCUCCCAUGCUGGGCUGACUGAGGAGCAGGUCCUGGUCCUGCUGGAGGUUCUUGGUUAUCCUGGGUCCAUACGGGUUCUACCUCUGGAGUGGGCCCGGUUCCGCACUGCUGCAGGGCCCUGGGUACAGGAGAGACCCAAUGGAACACUGAGCCUCACUCAUCAAUCAAUGGGCCAAGCCAUGGACCUCCUCCUGCUGAGAGUCCGUCCUGGUAAAGGUUCAGGGGGCUUGAGGAGGACCAGACGGGGCUACCAUCUCAGCCUGGCCCAGUUCUUCCAGAGGCAGGGCAGGGAGCUCUGUAGCUGGCCUCAGAUCCUGGAGGAGCUCCCCUGGCACCUGGAGCAGAGUGAGGCCUGGAGGGAGCUACACACCUUCUUCAUAGAUCCACAGACUGUAGAGCACCUGUCUACAACUUGGAGCCAGUCUCCUCAGCUGAGAAUGGAUGUUGUCAGGUACUGGACUGUCCUGAUCCUCAGAGGUUAUGACCCCAACACCUCGUACCAGAGCCUGCUGGGUAAGGGAAGCCAACCUCCUACUUUUAUCCAAUCAGGGCGAUGGGCAUUCCCUCCUGCUACACAUACAGAGCAGAGAGAGGUACACAGCGACAUGGCCUUCAUGACUGAGUCCCAAAGUAACGGCAAAGAAGAUGGUUGUCAGUGGGAUCCAGGUGUGAAAGGGAGAGUGGAGUUGUUGGUCUCUGAGUUGCUGCUCUGUCUGAACAGGAGGGAAGCAGAGCAGAUCCUACUGCAGGCUGAGAACACCCUCACACAGGACAGAGACGGGGAGAGUGUGAUGUUACUGCUGACAGUGAGGCAGACUUUGGCUGAGCUCUAUGUGGAGACGGACCAGCACAGAGAGGCAGAGACAUACUGUAGAUCAGCUCUGGUGACCGCCCAGACUCACACCGCUACCUGCCUUGAGAGACAUGAGAGGAUCACUGUUGGAAAGGGUCAGUUGCUUUGUGUACUCUGCCAGCUGCUGUUUGCAGACGUCCAAACCAUCGAGGCCUCUCAGAUACUCUGUGACAUCAUCAAUAUGGGACACCACAAACUCCACCUGUGUGCUCAGGCCACUGUAUCACUGCUCUGUGGGAUACACAGACUCAGCCUGCAAGACCCACAUGGUGCUGAGAAGCACCUCCAGGUUGCCUUGAAGAUCAGGAGGUGCUGGUAUGGUAAAGAGCACCCUCUAGUGGUGGAGGUGGAGGAAUGCCUGGCAGACAUCUUGGCCGACACCUGCGCUGACACAGCAGGGUUGAGGCAGAGGCUAGCAGUGGAGCUGUAUCGACACACAGUGCACGUCAAAGACCAGGACAUGAAGCUUUGUCCCCCCGUAUCGCCGUGUCUUCAGGCGAAGGGAUGCAGCCUCGCAGGCACCUUGGUCAAACUUGGCAGGCAGAUAUUUCAUGGCUCCGGUAAGAUAGAGAGUAGAGAGGCUGUUGAACUGCUGCAGAGAGCUCUGGACCUGUAUAUCUGCUUCCUGGGGUCUGAUCACACACUGACCAGGGGCUUACAACAGGUUUUAAACACAGAAUCCAGGAGACCUCUAACCCCUCAGGUCCCCAGGUCCAGACCCCUCUCCACUAGGAUACUAAGCAGUGGGACCAGACCCAAUACAGCUGCACCCCUCCACUCCCACCUGGCCUGGUACAGGGGCACCACACACACCCCUCUGGACUCUUCCGUAAACAGAUCCCUGUCAGCCCCAUCCAACAAGUCCCGCAAUACACAGCCAGAAUUUAAACCAGAACCAGUGGAGUACCAGAACCACAACAACAGACAGAACCGACGGUCUUCUUCUCCCAGGACCUGGUCUGCCUUCCAGACCACAGUGUUCGGGCCACAGAGUGACAUCAGAAACCUGAUCUCAGAACUCAAACCCAGUCCUGCUUCAGCACCGGGCUUUCGUUCCAUAGACAGGACCCGGGUGCUGCAUAGGGCAGGCUGGUGCCACCUACCAGGCAGGUACGUUCUAGAGGAACAGACAGUAACAGCUUUGAACAGAGAGAUUGGAUACCCUUUGCACACACAGAGAUGCACCCCUCUGGUCAGACAGACAGGCCAGGGACAGGGAGGAGAACAGAGCUGGAGAGACAGAGUGUCUUAUUCUGCCAGGAAGCAAUAGAGAGAAGAGAAAGAUCUAAAGAAGACUGCUCUCAUGGUGGCCACUGAACUGUUUGAGUGUUUAAUCUUUUACCACUUUUGAUACCAAUCAGCUGUUUUCUUUUCAAUAUUGAAAUUUGUCAAAAUACAUUUUUUUUCCAUAUAAAUUCAAAUAUAAUUUUUGUAUGUUUAAAUGGAGUGAAAUGGCUCCUAUUUUGUAUAGAAAAUAAAUGAUUUGACUUCACUUCAUGUUGUCAAA